CGAUAAUAUCUUAUCAAUCAAAUAAUUUGUCAGGGGAAGAUCAAUAUUGAUGAAGCAAGAACUCCCUCAGCACCAACUACACUUUAACUUAAUCCUUGAUAAUUUACGAGAGUCACUAAAACCAUUAAUUUAUAAUGUUCUAAACCGCAUCUAAACUAGGCGAAAUCUAAAAUUUAAUUAAAGAAUCACCGAAAAUGUUAAGAAAUAUAUUUAGACAAAGCAUUUCGAUUCCACAACAAAAAGAAGCAUCAACACAAUGCGAAGGGGACGCAACACAAACAUCGCUUUUAUGGACUCAAACCGAAAACAUUUUUGGACUUAUCGAAUCUUACAUCGAACAAUUUUUAAGUGACGAUUCAAAUCAAAUGGCAAACAUAAAACAUUACGAGGAACGUUUAAAUCUUUUUUAUCAACUUUUAGGAACGGUAAUUGUUGAAAAAGAAUCCGAACAAUUUCAAAGAAAAAUCGAAAUCGAUUUAAAAUUGGCUCAAUGUAGAUACAAAGUGGAGCGAUCGAAAGGAUUGACCGCAUCUAAAACAUUAACGAAGGGUGUAAACGAAGAAUUAGGUUACGUUUUAAACGUUUUGGAGAAUUUUAAACGCACAAAAGUCGAAUUUACCAAAGAAAAUUUUUUAAUUUUAAACCGAGUCAAAGAUAUUUUGGAUGAUUUAACCGAAAAUCGAAACGAAAUCGAUCGACAAUUUUCAUUUUCACAACAAACCGAAUUAAGUAUCCUUCAUAAAUUAAAGACGAUCCAAUCAUUUUGGAAAACGAUUUACAACAACCUCCAACCAUCGAUAAGCAAAGAAUGCAGAGAGAACAUCCAAAUCAUUCUCCAAUCAUUAAACAUCGAAAUCGUUUUAAAAUUGAAGGAAUUACACGUCGAUGCGGAUGAUAUUGAGCCGGUUUCUAUAAAUACAAUCAUUUCAAAUGAGUUAUUAUCGAUUGAUAAUGAUGACGAGGACGAAGAUUUGCAGCCGUUUAAAGACCCAGCAAGGAUGCACACUUUCGAUACUUUACAGAUUGCGAGAAAAACUGUGAAAUUAAAGAAUAAUAUCGCCGAAUUAAUCCGGGAAUUGGAAGGAAAUGAUAUCAGUAAAUAUGACAGGUUAAAGAAAAUGUUGGAUAAAUGUCAAGAUGGUUUCGAAGAGAUCGAAAGUCACCACAACACCGAUUUAAUCGCUUUAAGAACUGAAACUUUCAAUAAAUUACUUGCAGCAUCAAAAAUGACUAAUGAUUUGUACGAAAAGAAAUUAUUAUCGAAGAAUUAAUUAAAAAAGAAUAAAUAUUUGUGUGAUUAAUUUUUAAGUUUUAUUGUAAAGCGAGGCCAAAGUUAGUGUUGUGUUCUUAAGAAAAAUUUAUUAUAAUAUUUGUGUUGUAAAGUCUAUUAUUACGUUCAAUUAGAUAAGAUAACGAAAAAAUGAUAUUGAUCUCGUUUACAAAAAGGUGCCGUUUUACUAUUGAUUCAGCAAAGGUACACGGUGUAAUUAUAGUCGAGGUCGUUAUAAAACAAUUAUAAUUGUAGAAAAACCUUAAUUACUUUCGAUAUCGAUGGAGUCAAGAAAAAAAUUAAUUUUGGAGUAAUACAAAAUCAAAAAAUC